AAUUAAGCCUUGAGCUGAAAUAAUCUAGGGCCGUCAGACACGCAGCUCAUAUCCACCCAUGUGCCGCCUGCAAGAUAAUCUCUCCAUGUCAACCACGUUUGUUGAUCGCGGAGCUAUCCCCAUUUGACUAGGUCAGUCUGACUGACCGUGAAAACUCCGGGGACAUCAACGGAUCACCUGCUGGAUGGGGUGGAGACUAAGGAGUGAGAAUGGCGUGUCGUGUGGGUCCCAAUUAAGGAGUUAGCUCCGGACGGACAGUGCGUCAAGGCUAUGGGAUAAAGACACUGAGCGUGGCCGGCGAGAGAGAUACCCUCCCACCUUGCGACGACUCGCCCGUCCAGCACUCUGUCCUCCCUGUACCUAACUCUGAGCUACCGGACAAUGACGUCUCUGGAGCCGCUCGAGGACGAUGAUGCCCCGGAUGCGCUGCAGCUGCGAACAUUCGAGGACCUCGCGCCGCGGGGACUGCUCCUUGCGCGCGACCCCCGAGCCAGACAUCGCGUGCACUGCCCUCGGUGCGCGUGCGAGGGGGGCUGCUGUGUGUUUUACCGCCGUCUGGAUCAGAUACCGCUCGAGCGGGUGACUCUCAGAGCCUCCCCGCCACCAUCGCUCCCGGACGCAAGACAGCAGCGUUCACGUCCAGCACCGCCGUCUGGGUGAACAAUGUGCGUGGCCAAUGCCGUUACUGACGCCCUGUCCUAUCUCAAUUUCUGACUUUCCGGCAGGCCCUUACCUGGCGCUCCUAUUGCCGAGGUCUUCGAAUUGCGCAUAUAGCUACUUUCCUACCUACCAACUCUUAUUCCAACAUUUAAUAGUCCCCAUUGUAUAAUAUAAUACCGCGGCUCUCGUCUCC